AUGGCCAAAUCAUCAGCUCUCUCCUCGACCUACCUUUGCUUAUAUACUACAGCUUUAGCCACCACAAUUCUAACUUUGAUGAACCCAUGCUUUCUCAAUGCAAAAACCUUAGAAUCUGAUGUUCAAGUUCUUAGAUCCUUCAAAGACUCCAUUGAUCCGAAUUCCGUCCUCCCAGCCUCAUUUCUAAGUAGUUGGAACUUAGACUUAGACCCCUGUGAAGCCACAGGGACACACUUUUUAGGCAUUCUGUGUAUGACCCCAUCAGACAACUCAAGUGGCAGGAUAUCAGUUAUUGAUCUUGAAGGAGAUGGACUGGAGGGGUUCUUGACACCGGAGAUCGGAAACCUCACUGAGCUCACUACAUUAAACCUAAACAGGAACAAGUUCAGAGGGCCAAUCCCAGAUAGCAUUAUCAAUUUGAGGAAGAUCACCAGGCUUCUGCUCUCCGAAAAUUUCUUCUCGGGGGGUUUGCCUAGAUAUAUGAGAAGGCUGAGGAAGCUGGAAGUUAUUGACGUCUCGCACAACAGGCUCUCGGGUUCAAUCCCUGCAACAAUCACCGCCCUUCGUGAGCUAACUCGUUUAGAUCUCUCAAACAAUGAAUUAACAGGCAAAAUCCCUGACCUUUCCGGGCUGUGGCAGCUCAACACUUUAGCUCUAAGCAGUAACCAGUUCUUUGCAGGCCUACCUCCAUUUCCUGUAAGGUUAAGAACAUUAUUGCUAGGACACAAUUUACUUACUGGCCACAUUUCCGCCAUAAGUAGGCUUCGAUAUCUCACAGCAUUAGACCUUAGCGACAAUAGAUUUUCGGGACCAAUCCUCCACCGAAUAGUCACAUUACCCGAGCUGAUGCGUAUAAACGUUUCAGCAAACCACUUCACAAGAAUUGAGGUGACCAAAUCGAGUACUAAAGAGUCACGGCUUCAGGUACUCGAUGCACACAGUAAUCUGCUUCAAGGCCACUUGCCUCUCAACAUAAUCACAUAUCUGAAUCUCAAAACAGUCAAUCUAGGCCACAAUAGGUUUUUUGGUAAAAUCCCAAAGGAAUAUGGCUCAAGGUUGAGAAGCCUAUGGAGAAAUCUUAAUCUAGAGUACAAUUACCUGGAGGGAACUUUGCCAUCAGAAUUCAUGACGGGAGGAGAAAAAGCGCGGGCUAGCCUUGAUCACAACUGCCUCAACUGCCCGGAUCAUUUACCGUGGUGUCUGGGAGGACAACGGCCAGCUUCACAGUGUAGGAGGAGUGCUGGAGGUAUUAUGUGA